AAUAAUCAGCUGUAAAAAAAUGCUUACAUCAUAUGUAAAUCUGUAUGAAUCUGUAUAAUGUAUAUCAUAAUACUAAAAAAAAUUGUCAAAGCACCAUCUGUUUAGCUGUUAUAGGUGGUAAAGGUCAUUCUUUAAAUACGUCACAACAAUUAAAAAUGAUUAAAAAUAUAACCUCAAAGCUUGUUUUGUUUGUCAAUAAGAGAGCAAUACAAACAAUAACAUCAAGAACCAUGACAACUCAAGAAAAAGUUGUUGAUGAUGUUAUCUUCCAAGAGAAAGGUGACAAAGGUUUGAUAAUAUUAAACAGACCAAAUGCUCUAAAUUCAUUAAAUCAUUCAAUGACGAAAAAACUAUUGCCUGUUAUGCAACAAUGGGAAUCAUCUAAAAAAAUUGUUGUUAUAAAAGGAGCUGGAGAAAAGGCAUUUUGUGCUGGUGGUGAUGUCAAAGUUAUUGCCCUGGCAUUGUCAGAGCCUGGUGGUGAAAAAGUUGGAAGAGAAUUCUUCUACGAUGAAUAUACAUUAGAUCAUGUAAUUGGAACAUAUAAAAAACCUUACGUAGCAUUGAUAAGUGGAAUUGUGAUGGGUGGUGGAGUUGGUCUGUCAGUUCAUGGACAAUACAGAGUAGCAACUGAGACAACACUUUUUGCAAUGCCAGAAACUGCAAUUGGCCUAUUUCCUGAUGUUGGAGGUAGCUAUUUUCUUCCACGUUUAAAUGGAAAACUUGGAUUGUAUUUAGGUCUAACUGGGCAUCGAUUGAGAGGUCUAGAUGUUAAAUUGGCUGGUAUUGCAACGCACUAUGUUAGUUCAUCUCGACUUCCAGAACUUACUGAUUCUCUUUUAGCACCUGGUGAUGUAGAUGUUGCUAAAAUUCUAGAUAAAUUUGAUGAGCAAGAUUCAUCAGUUGAAUUUAGUCUUGCUAAAAAUUUAAAACAAAUUGACUAUUGUUUCUCUGGUGAUUCUGUUGAAGAAAUUAUUAAUAGAUUAAAGAAGGACAACAGUGAAUGGGCACAGGGUGUCAUUGAGACUUUAGGAAAAAUGUCACCAACAUCUCUCAAGGUAGCACACAAAUCAAUUACCCAAGGAAAAGAUCAGAGCCUUGCUAAUUGUCUUAAGAUGGAGUACACUUUAGACUACAAUAUGGUCUUGAAAAAUUCAGAUUUUCAAGAAGGCAUACGUGCCUUGCUCAUUGACAAAGAUCAAAAGCCAGUCUGGAAUCCAAAGACACUUGCUGAUGUUACAAAUGAAUAUGUUAACAGCAAAUUUUCACCAAUACCUGCUGAUAAACAAUUAAAAUUGACACCAAAAAAUAAACUCUAGAAAACCAUUGAAAAUAUGUAAUACGAUGCAUUUGAUUUUUAUUAAAAAAAUUAAAACUUAUAUAAAAUAUAAAAUACAUAAUAGAAAUUUAAAAUUCGUAUUUCUUUUUUGAAGAAACAAGUGGUGCAUCAAGGGAGCUCUUGACUUUUGUAUUUGAAUAUUGGGUAAAAAUAAAAUCACAAAUUAUACAUAUUAUUUUUCCAAGUAAUGCACCAAAAACUCCUUGAUAAACAAUCGCUGCAAUACGAUGAGUCUCAUGACCAAAUGGAUCUACCACUGCUGGACAUAGCAUGUAGUUUAAAUUUAUUUUCAUGGGCUGUUGAAAGAAAAAAAUAUAAAGUUUAAUAAAUAUUAAAUAAUAAACAACUCAGUAACAA